UGUAGAAACCAAAACAUUUUAUGAGCAACAAGUCGAGUUGGAGCAUCAAAAGCUCGUUGAAUUUGAAAAUAAGGCCUCACAGAUUCAAGAACAAAUUUGCAACGAGAAUAAGCAAUUGGAAUGUCUUCUCAAAGAUCAGGAACUCAAGGUCUCCACUUUGUCCAAUAGUCUCGCUACACUCUCCCAAGAACGAUCGCAAAUUGAAAAAGAAAAACAGCAAUUAAUGAAGAAAACUGAAAUUUUGGAUAGCAGUUUGAAAGGUACCAUAGAAGAGAGCACUGAGUUGCGUGAUCUGUGCAAUAAUUUGAGAGAUCAAUUGAGAGAAAAACACUCCCAGUUGGAUAAGGCCUUUGCCAAGAAUAUUGAACUGCAGGAAUCCAUCGACCUAUAUGGUACUGAAUUGAAACAGAAGCUACAACUCGAAGAAGACUAUCGAUAUCUAACCAUGGAAAAGCUGUCGUUCGAACAAGAGAGAAAGGACUAUCAAGUCAAAAUUGAACAACUUGUACAACAACAAGCUCUCACCGAACAAUUUAUUGAGUCUGAAAAGGAACGUCUUCAACAAUUGUUUAAGCAACUCGAGGAUGAAAUGACUAGAAUUGAGAAGGAACAUUUACUCAAUGUUUGCCGAAUGACAGAAAACAAACAAGUCAUUCAAUUGGAUAAAGAAGCCACCAUCAUUGCUCAAAUCUUGAAUCUGAAAAAGAUGGUGUCACAAGCCAGUUUAAUGGGUGGAGUGAUGAUGUCUUCGCCAAGAAGCCCUUCCUCACGCAACAAUUUCAACAAUGCUACAAGUGCAACUUUGACCUUACGAAAAGACAGAGACACGAAUGCAGCUGAAUCCAAGCAACAUGCCACGAGUACCUCAAAGGAAAAAGACAUGAUCUACACAAGCAUGCCUCCGUUGAGGGUAUUUAGCUCACCUCGAAAAUUGCAAUAA